CAGUUGCUGAUAGUGCAGCAGUCCUGGCCACUUUUCAACACAGGAUGAAGUUCGAGAAUAUCCUGGAGGAAGUGGACGGUUUCGGGCCGUUCCAAAUCAUCCUUAUCAUCCUGCUCUGCACCCCUCGAAUAGUUCUACCCUGUCACUUCUUGUUGAAUAUCUUCAUCGCCGCGGUGCCUCCUCACCGCUGUGACAUCAGCAGCCUGGGUGACGCAGGACUCUUCAGAAAUCUGACUCCGGGGCAGAGACUGACCGUCAGCGUUCCCCUACGAGAGGAUGGGGUCCCGGAAUCCUGCGAGAUGUUCGCGGAGCCUCAGCUUCAGCUCUUAUCCAACAGCUCACACAGCGCUCAGCUGCCCACGGUUCAGUGUCGGAGUGGAUGGGUUUACGACAACUCCACCUUCACCUCCACCCUGGCGACGGAGUGGGAUCUCGUCUGUGAUAGAAAGAGCCUGACGAAAACCACAACUACAAUCUUCUUUUUCGGAGUGAUGAUGGGAGCCAUAGCUUUUGGAUUCCUCUGUGAUAAGUAUGGGAGGAAAAACACCCUCCUGGCCUCAUACAUCAUGUCGAUCGUGUUCGGCUUCUCCAGUGCGUUUGCAAACUCCUAUGUCCUGUUUGCGGCGCUGAGAUUUCUCACUGGGUUCGGACUGACGGGAAUCAUCAUCAAUUCGAUCGUUCUCAGCAUUGAGUGGGUCGACACGGGUCACAGGUCAUUUAUCGGUGUGAUCGGCAGCUUGGCCUGGUCCGCAGGUAACAUGCUGCUAGCUGGGUUCGCCUUCCUGGUGAAGGACUGGCGGACACUGAUCAUGACUGUUACAGCCCCUCUGGCUUUUGCAGUAUUGACCUGGUGCUGGAUUCCUGAAUCUGCUCGAUGGCUUUUAGCGAAUGGAAAAGUGGAAAGAGCCCAGUUUUACCUUGACAAAUGUGCAAAGAUCAACAAAAGACAAAAACUCUCAACCAAAUUCAAACCGGAGACACUCUCCAACGUAGAAAUCCUGGAGAAGCAAGACAAAAACUACACUUACCUUCACCUCAUCAAGACACCGAAGAUGAGACGGUUAACUCUGCUAACUGGGAUUGUGUGGUAUGGAGUUGCGUCCACCUACUAUGGAAUCAGCCUGAACAUCAGUGGAUUUGGGUUAAACAUGUACCUCACGCACUUCAUCUAUGCGGCCAUUGAAGUUCCUGCCAAGCUGAUGAUCUAUUGCUUUCUCAACAUCCUUGGGCGCAGGAAAUGUCAGGCAGGCACGCUGUUACUGACAGGAAUCUGCAUCGCCAUUAACAUCUUCGUUCCAGAAGGUCUGUGGCACGUGCGUGCGCCUGUUGCUGUUCUCGGGAAAGGCCUAUCAGAAGCCUCCUUCACAACUGUCUUCCUCUACACAACGGAGCUUUACCCCACAGUCAUCAGACAAAAUGGUUUGGGCUACGCCAGCUUCAUGGGUCGUCUGGGCGUGGCGGUGGCUCCUCUCAUCCUGCUGCUGGAGGACGUGUGGGCUCCUCUACCCCAGAUUGUCAUCUGCUCUGUGGCCAUCAUAUCUGGCAUGGUGUCCCUGCUGCUUCCCGAGACACAGAAUGCGAGGCUGCCGGAGACAAUUGACGACAUCGAAAGGCCGAGAAGAAAUAAAGUCUCCUGUCACCCCGUGGAGCCUUCGGGCGUUUCCCUGGAGUCAAAGACCACAACAGACGCUCAGCAGCGAAGACUAGAGUAGAACAAGGACUCUGUUCAUGUGGCGUGGGCAUGGUAGUUCAUGUCACUGAGCUACCACGACUUUCGUUAAUGUGAAGAGUGUUUUCGUGUUUGUAAUUUGUAAGAAAACUCAGGUCAAAAUCUUUGCAUGAUUGUGUGGUUUGUAAAAAUCGAGAUA